AUGUUCCGGCGGGCCCGUCUCACCGUGCGGCCCAAUGUGCGGCCCCCGGGCAGGGCCGCCGCCGCCACCGGCACUGGCGGGGUGGACCAGGAGCCGCCGGGACCCCCAGGUUCGGACACCCCGGCGGCGGACGGAGCAGGGACCGCAGCGGGAUCGGCGGACGCGCGGCCGGCAGAGAGUGAUGAUAAGGCAAAUAAUACAAGCAGCGCUGGGGAAGCUGGUAAAUCUGCAGAGAUGCCUACCCAGAGAAGAAAACGUAUCUCCACCAUGCCAAAUCUUGUCAAACCCAGAGCUGGACCAUCGUCUGCUCAGCGUUCUGCACCAAAACCACAGAGGCAAACAUCACAGGCUUCUGAUGGCAGUGCCUCACUUCAGAAUGAUCCCUCCCCAUCAGAAAAGAGUAAUGUUGAAAGCUCUGUAAAGUCUCCCAUGCUUCCUGAGAAGAAAACACCUGUGCCACAAGUGCCACAGUUUUCGCCGCUAAAAAAAUCUGUUAACAAAGAGCAAACUGUUGGUGUAGCUGCUCCAAAAAAUGAUGAUAGCUUGCAGAAGAAUGUACCCUCUCCUCUAAAGGAGAGACCAACACAGGAAAGAUCACAAACGCAGGAGGAAAAGCUACCUGUGAAGCCUUCUCCUGAGAAAGUCAAACGAACAUAUUCUGACCGGGAAAGGAUUCUCAAAGCUCGGAAAUUAAGAGAAAUGCUUAAAGAAGAGCUGAAGAAGGAGCGGAUGAAGUUGAAACACAGGCCUCCAGUAAUCGAAGGACGUUCUCCACCAGAUCGUUCUAAAAUGACCAUGAGAGACUUAAUAUACUAUCUGCCAGAAAACAAUCCUAUGAAGUCUUCAUUGGUAGAAGAAAAGAGAACAGAAAAAAAUUCUGCACUGAGUCAAAUGAAAGAACAAGAAGAGAAAAGUACUCCUGAUCAUGAAGAAGAUGAGGAGGAAGAAGAAGAGAAUGGGGAAGAGAGUCAGGAUGGCCCACUUCUCGUUCCUCGUGUGAAAGUAGCAGAAGAUGGUUCAAUCAUUCUGGAUGAAGAAAGCUUAACUGUGGAAGUUCUAAGAACAAAAGGUCCAUGUGUUGUAGAGGAAAAUGAUCCCAUCUUUGAGCGUGGCUCUACAACUACAUAUUCUAGCUUCAGGAAAAGUUUUUACACAAAACCAUGGUCAAAUAAAGAAACAGACAUGUUCUUUUUAGCUAUCAGUAUGGUAGGAACAGACUUCUCCUUGAUUGGACGGCUGUUUCCUCACAGAGCCAGAGCAGAAAUUAAGAACAAGUUCAAACGUGAGGAAAAAGCUAAUGGAUGGAGAAUAGACAAAGCUUUCAAAGAAAAACGACCCUUUGAUUUUGAGUUCUUUGCCCAGCUGCUUGAGAAGGUUUUAGCAGAUGAGGGAAAGAGGAAGCAAAAGACCGUUAAAAACCAGAAGCCAAAAGAAAUAAAGUCUUCAAGGCCACAGAAGUCAAAAGCAAAAGCUGCCAGCACAGAAGCUGCUAAUGGUCAAGAUGAACUUCAGGAAGCUGGAAUUUCUGAUGCAGAAACAGAAGCAGAUGGUGUGACAGCUGAGAAAGAAAAUGAGGAAUCUUUGGGCAUUUCUGAACAGGCUGCAUUGGACCCAGCAUUAGCAAAAAAGAAGAGAAAGAGGAAGAGGAAGGAUGAUCUUGUACAGGAAAUGGAUAAUAUUCCAGAAGAAAUGCCCAUUCCUUCAAAAACUGCUGAAGAAGGGAAGUCCUCUAAUAAAAGGAAAGAAGUGAUACAUGCAACCAGUGAUGGUCAUACUACAUGUGGAGAAGAAGUUGAUUGUGCUGUUGAAGGAAAACAAAGUGAAACUGCUGUAACAGAGGAAGAGAGAGCAGAGUCCUGUUCACCAGUGAAUAACCAAAUGGAAAGAGAAGGUGCUGUCAAUUUAUGCAGCCUUGAAGACAGCAGUGAUGUUAUACUAGGAGUAGAACCUGCUAAUUUGAGAACCAGAGAUAUUAGAGAUAAUACAUCACAGGAAAGCCAGAUUCCAGAGUUACCAGUUUCAAAUAUUAGAACCAAGGAAACACAAGCUGUAGGAACUACAGAAUCAAAGAAUGAAGAUACACAUCGCUCACAAAAAACAGGUGGAAAGCAGAGUGCAUCAGAAAGUGGUUCACAGUCUGAAAUAAUGAAAACUGAAAAGUCAGCAGAUAGAAGGCGCUUGCAAAGACCUAAACCAAAUUUAGUGAGAUCAUCUGGAAAGAGGGAGACAGCAGCACAAGACAAAACGGAGGCCAAAACUUCUCCAACCAUUGCAAAUGCAGGUGAAAAGUGCUCUGAAGAGGACAGUAGAAGAAACAGAAAUGAAGCCACAGAAGUAGACAACAGGGAUUUGGAUACUGCAUCUCAAGAGCAUGAAAAAAACACUUUUGCAAAGACAGUAGUUCGAGGAUAUCGACAGAGAUUUAAACCUAAUGUUACAAGAGCAUCUGGAAAGAAAGAAGAGCCUGAAAAAGAUUCAAGAAAUGAUAAAACAUCCCAUCUACAGCCUAAGGGGGAAACUGAGAAGGAUAAUGACCAAGGUAAUAGAUCUGAUGUUAACAAUGAAGAUGCUGCAGAAAAAGAUGACAAAAUCCUGGAGAAAAUGUCGCAGUGUAAUGAAACAGCUGGUUUAAAAGAAGAUGGCAAACAGAUUGUAUUGAAUCAAACACCUCUAAAGAGAGGUAGAAUACAGAGACCAAAACCAAAUCUUGGAAGAACUGUUGCUAGGCAAAAAGAACUGAUAGAUACGAAAGAUCCUGAAGAGGAGACAAUUGAAGGUGGAGAGGCAGAAAAAGGUGUCAAGCACCAUCAAGAUGGAAACAAUGAUCCCUGCCUCAAAAGUGAUUUAGCGGUUCAUGAAGACAUGCAGCCGUCCAGUGUGAUGUUAGAAGAUGUUUCUGCAGAUACUGAGAGGAACUCAAUAUAUUCAAAACAGUGUUUCCAAGAAAAGUCCUCAGAAGCAGAAAGCUAUGAAAGUGAAAAGGGGUUGUCAGAUGUCUCAAAACAGAUUUCAGAUUCCAAUACAGGGGAAUCUCAUCAUGAGCAGAAAGAGGAGAAAACUGUUGUAUCAUCAGCUCGGCUACUGAGGACACGAUUCCAGAAACCAAAGCCAAAUUUAAGAACAGCUAGUAGAAAGGAAGUUCUGGAUGUAAAUACUAAAGGUGCAUCACAGAAAGAUACCGACAAAGGAGAAAGUUUGACACAGUGUGAUAGUGAAUGUAGCAUCCCUCCUGACAAAGAUAAAGCAGGAAAAUGUGAAGUCUUAAACACACUAGAAUCUUUGGGAAAGGAGAAGUCAGUUUGCUCUCAGGAGGUUCCUGAGAGGCCAAGUUCUAAGUCCCCCAAAAGAUUUUCAAGAUCAGAGGAUGGUGAACUGGAGUUCUGUCUACCUGAAAAUAGCCAAAAUGACACUUCUACUACUAUUGCAGGCAAAAACAGCACUCAAGAAGAAUGUCAACACGCACCUCUUCCACCUGUCCAGCUGGCACGGAACAAGAGGUAUAAGCCAAACUUGGUAAGCACUGUUGGAAAGAAGGACUUGAAAAUAUCAGAAGAUGAGAGGAAGAAAAAGCCUGAAGCCAAGCAAGAAGAUGAGUUUGACAAUACUGUCAUGGGUGAAAAUCAAGCUGUAUUGUGUCAAGCAGAUGUGUUGAGCAAAGAGGGACAGGAACAGCAAGAGGUGCCUCAGGUCCUCUCUAUUUCUGAAACCUUAUUGUCUGAACAAAGCAGUACUGAAACAUUUACCUCCCAAGAAGGCAAACUGAGUGCUCAGAAAGCAGGAGAAUUCAUAAGGAUUGAGUCUCCAAGAGCUAGACCAAACCUAGAAAGAGGAAACAGUGAAAAAGGAUCUUCAAUAGUACAAAAACUUGCUGCCCCAGAUGAAGAAAACAUGAAUCAAGGAAAGAAUCUGCCUGCGGCAGAGGAAUCUGAAAACCCUCCCUCCUCAAAAGAUGACACGGAGGUAUUGUUGCUUGUGGGAAAUUUGGCUGAGAAUGACAAUCUAGACAUAAAUUCGGGAAGAUUGACAUCAGGAACACUUUAUUCUUCUAAAAAAUCACCAAGUUGUAACAGCAAAAAAGAGCAAAAAGAGUGUCUAUCUACAGAUGCUAUAGGAAGUAUUCAGGAUACCACAAAAAGGUCCAAUGAUAAAUUAAGUUCUGGAGAAGAAAGUGCACAGAGAGCAAAGGAACCCCAUUGGAACCCAAGCCCAGACCUAAUGAGACUUACCAGGAAAAGAGAUUAUCCUGAAGAGUGUGAAAGCAGAGAAAAGGACAACACUGAAAGAAAUGAAAAAGAGUUUUUGGUGUUAUUAAAAUCAUGUGUAUCAGGGCAAAACUCCAGUAAUACACUGGAAGGCGGAUCCUUCUCAGAAGCUACAAGGAAGCGCAAUUUUGCAGAGCAUUUUGAAGAAAUAUCCCAUAAGAGAAUCAGGCAGGACAUUACACUCCAGUCUCCAGGGAUAUCAUCAGAAAGUGAGAGUCAGGUAGAACAAGAUAAUGAUUCUCAGCUUUCUACCUCACAGGAAAAGCAUUCAGACAAUCUACCAAGGCAGUUCAGGAGAUCAUCAAAACAGACAGCACUGCCAGAACAUAUGUCAGAGCCAAAAAAUGCUACAUCUGCCUCUGAAUGUGAGGCUGAUUGCAGUGAGAAGGGGAGUCAAAGGCAAGAAGCUAAACUGCGUGUUACCAGAGACAAAAGUUUGAAAACUACACAAAGAAGAAAAUCUGGGAAGGAACCCAAAAGUUCAAAGAUAACCUUUGUUACCCUCCGGGCUUCUGAAGAAGAGGAGGAUGAGGAGGCAGAUGACUUUGAGCUUGAUGAUGAAGACGAGUGCUUUGCAUCAGAGGAAGUAAACAAGGCUCCAGUGUUUGUUCCUAUAGGUCUUCGAUCUCCAAAACCAGUUCCUGUGCAGAUACAGGAAACCAUGGAGGAGCUGGAAAUACCUGUGAAUAUCUCAGAUGUGCAGGUGGCUACUGAUGCUGAAAGUCUUUCUUGUGCUUCUAUCCAACCAGUACAGAGGGAAGAAAAAAUAUGCACCUCAAUAGCUGAAACAAUCAUACAUGAGAAUCCAGAGGUGGACAAAGGAAUUAAUGAUGGAAGCACUGAAGCUGCUAUGACUUUACUUGCAAUGGGUGAUCCGAAUUUCCAGUUAAAAACAAGCACUGAAGAACAGACACAUAUGUCACCUGCUCAAGAUGACUUGGACAUGGCUGAUAGCCUUGUAAUUCACUCCUACUCCAAAGAAAAUAGAACUUCUAGUCAGUAUUUGCUCGCUUCAGAAACCUCUAUCAAGGAAUUGCUUUUUUCUGAGGAUGGAAACAGCAUCAAUGUAGAGCAUCAAAUCGUUGGCACAAGAAUAGGUGUAGAAGAAUAUUCAGAGAUGGAUGCUACUGAUACCAGUGGUAGCUCUUUGUCUGUGGUGAAUAGUAUGAGACUAACAGGAGGCAGAUCCCUGGAGCCCGAGCCAGCCUCUGGAAUACUGAGGUCCAAUGAAGACAUAAUGCAGGAGAUACUUAACGCAAAUGUACUUGUGGAACAACUAGAUCAAAUUCAAACAGAUCCUACAACUCUGAGGAGUAAUGCAGACAUGGAGAAGAUGGAAUCAGAACCAGUCAAGCUAGCUGCAAAUGAUUCUUCAGUUCUUCAUGAAUUUGCAACUGGAAGUAUGGAACUUACCAAGCAAGCAGACAAAACUAAGAGAACAGAAAAGCAGAUAAGACAUGCUUGUGGAAAUUCAGGAGAUUUAAGACAUCUAACUGCAUCACCCAAACCUGAAAAAUCACUUCUUGGACUAGAAGAUUGUCCAAAUCCAAUUUCUGUGGAUGAACUGUCUGAGCAAAAUGCUUGUCCUCUUGAGCACCAUAUAUGUACAGUCAGCUUUACUCAGAAUGAAGCUUGUACUCAGGAUGCUCAACAACACUGCAUAAGCAGCACAGAAGAAACUUCAGCAGUGAACAAUGAUCAUAGAUGUCCAGAGGAAGAGCAGACAUUCAUUUUAACAUUGGUGGAAAUCCCAGCUGACUCAAAAGAGUUUGAUGCAUCUGCUAUGGUGGAACAAAGUUCUGAACCAGUACUACCAGCCCCAAUACUUAUCAGCCCAAUAAAUGCAAGUGAAACAACUGUGACUGAAGUGGAGAGUAUUGGAUCCUUUACAACUGCAGCUGGGGAAGUUGCUGCACCUUCAAACAGCAGUAUGCAAACCAAACAACUAGAGAGUGCAGCAGACCCUGUUCCAAAGUUGCAGACGGCUCAAAAACGGUUGGCUGCUGAGCCUAAAGAGAAUGAUUUUCCUCCUUCCAAGAAAACUCUAUCUACUGUUGCAGCGGAAGAUAACCUGGAAACCACUUACAAGGGUUAUUCAAUGAAAUCCACAGAUGUGCCAGUGGUAACUUCUGGGAAUCGUUUUCAAAAAGCAGAGUCUUCAGCACAGGAAAACGUACUUACUUCUGUAUUGUUGUCUGAGCCUAUCUCACAACUGGCUGAGAGAAGCCAGCUUGAGACUUCAAAGAGUUUAGGGAAAGCACCAUUUGAGAAUCCAGCAUCCAAAAAGGAAGAGGAGGUUAUGUCUAGAUUAACUUCUAACAGAAAAGCAGAAAUAAGUGGACAAGGAAGGCAGGAGAAUGUGCAUGAAUCUGCACAGCUGGAACAUACUGGAAGCCCAGUAUCAUCAUCAAAAACUCCUUUACUCAGAGGUGGACGAAAACCAUUGGGGUUUUUAUCUUUAAUUUGCAAAAAAAGUAAUUCUGAAUCUGCAGAAGACACCAAAGGGAAUAGAGGGAAGAUCCAAAAGCCUCGAAUUGUGACUCCAAAACGAAGUCUAAAGAAACCCAUUGCUUCCACUAAGGAUGAUAGGGAAUCCUGUUCUCUUCCCUCUACAUCAUCAUCUGUGGAACGUGAGCAUGUAGCUGCUGAUGCUGCAGUUAUGGUUCCAAGUAACAACUCAUCUGAGAAGCCACUUCUCUGUGGUAAAGAUCAAGAGAAGGAAGGAGAGCCAACCAAAAUCUCUGAGUACUUUUUCAGUGACAUCUUUAUGGAAGUGGAUUAUUCAGAAUAGCAAAUGGAUUUUAUAAACACCUAGGAUCACAGAAUAUACUGCAACAAGAAAAGAGUAUUUUAAAAGUUAAAAUUUGUAACUUUCUGAUAUUCAUUAUGCCACACUUACUGCCAGCCAAUUAUAACAGUACCAGAUAAAAUACCAGGAAAGUGGUUUCUUCAACAUUCAAGGGAAACUGAACAUACUCAAAAAGUGAUGUAGCUGAUUCAAAGGAGAAGAAGGAAAGGAUAGGCUGAAAAGCCUCAUCCCCUGCUCCUCUUCUAAAAAACUGGGUGCAAUUACAAAUAAACCCCCAAAACAUGCUACUGGAACUAGGCUGCAAGGUAGGAUGAAGAAAUCAUAAACCAUUAAUAUCUUGAGCAAAUUCCAGUACCUUUGUAAACUCCCUAUAAACCAUUAUCACUAAGCCCUGUUGCAUGGUAACAACCUGAAUCUAUGCCCCUCUACUGUAAAAGCUAUGUGUUAGGGACACUCUUAGAGCUAUCUCCAGAUAAGAAAAGAAGCCUAGGGACCAGAAAGGUGUUAAAAUCUCAAAAAAGCCUAGGGACCACAGAAACAUGAAGGGCUCCACCCAGAGAGACAUUAUGAUUUCAAGCUACAUGGCUACUGACUGCUUCAUCCCAAUACAGAGUAAGGACAACCAAAAUGCAGUCAGUACAGGUUUUUUCCACUUUCUCAAGCCUCAUGUUGGGCACCAAGACUGUAUUUGUCUUGGUUUAGGGCAAACAUAGGAGGAAGCUUUCAAAGGGGUCCCUCUAGAAAGCAGAUUCAAGUGGCCUUUCCCAUAACUGGUUUGGGAAAAGAUUUCCUUUAAGAAAAAUGGAAAAAAUCUGUUUAACAAGUAAAGUAUUCACAAGCAUAAAAAAUAAAUAAUAUUAAACAAUAAAACCUCUCACUGUUCUGAAGAUAGGGCAAAUUCAGAAAGUCCUUGUGGAGUGUAGCUCAGCUUGCUCAGUCUCUUAUCAGUCCCUCUGGUGCUGGAAAAUGCCGCAUCCCAGGCCCUGGUGGGCCACAGAUGUGAGCUCCUGGUGUUUUUGGGUUUUCUGUCCAGAGCAGGUUUGAACAGUUUCUAGAAAAAGAAAAGGCACAGUCCAGAGAACUUCUCUGCCUCAGCUAGCUAAAAAACAAACCUAACUAAAAAGCAAAGGAGAGCUCUCUCCCGGUGUCCAUGCUGCAGACAACACAGUCCAUGAGAAGGAAUGCGGGGCUGUGAGUGCAGUUUCUGCAAACAAACCGUGCAGUUCUUUUCUCCCCCUUUGCUCUUGGAACCAGUCUUAGAGGUGCAGAACUUAAUAUCCAGCAUAAACAGAACAGUGAUUGGGGAUACAAGCAUUAUAAAGGCACUCUCGACAUUUUGUUAAUUAAUGCCAUGAAGAUGAAAUGGACUCUUUCUGAAGCAAGCCGGGCACUUUCGAAAUGUUGACAUAGUCUAAACCACUACGGUGACAUCUUUGGACCAGACUACCAACCACUGGCUUAUGGUUUCACUUGUGUAGACACUGAUAGUGAGUGUGUGACUAUCCUACAGAAAAGUGCAAUGAAAUCAUGUUUAAUCUUGCAACAAGUAUCAUUUUAAUGCUAAUUUUUUUUGGUACUGACUAUUCAAGUUCUUUACUACUUCUUGUGAAGUAUGUUACAUUAGAAGGAGGAAUUAACUUUUUGGGGAUAAUGUGAUAUCUGAAGAUCAGAAUGCAAGUGCUGGGGGUGGUGUAGUAAAUACAUAUGUACAAAUGUCAAGCACUGCAGACAUUUUUUUAGAAUCUCCAAGUUAUGUAUUAUUGUAAGAGUUUUUUUAACCACAUAAUUUAAAAUAUCCCAACCUGAAAAGCCCAAUAGGAUUGGUUAAAAAUGUGUUGAAAACUCAAAACCACAAUUUACUAGAAGAUGAUAGCACAAGGUAAAUGUUUGCAACCUUUUUUAUCACUUGGAGAAAGAGAUUGAUGUUUCCUAGUAUAAAUGUUAAUUUUCUUCUAAACUGGAAAAACAAAGCUAUAGAUACAAUUUCUUUUUCUUGUUUUAAUAUGUAGUUUUUUGUAUAUUUGCUGACUUCCUUGGUUUCCCUUGUGCAAAGUAGCACAAAGAAAUGGGAUUUAAACUAUGAUUAAACAAUGUCACUUUUGAGGAUUUGCUGCUACAAAGCAGUUGAAUUAAAAGGGUUUUCGCAUGUUGUGUGUCUGUUGGUGGUGUAACUUGCUAUAAAAUUCUGAUGUAGGUUUAGAUUUUAGUCUAAGUUUUUACUUACCUCAUCAAGAAAUUUGUCUUGAUGAGGUAUUCAGGUUUAUGCACUCUCAAAGUCAAGUGGUCACUGAAAGAUUAAAUAUUUAGUCUAAAACUCCUGCUUGCACGAGCUUGAGUAGUCCUAAAAUUUUUCCCAUUACUUAAUAGUUGCAGGUACGUUUGCAAAAUGAUUUAUUAUGAAUCGUGAAACUGAUCUUUAAAUGGUAUUGUUAAUGCUCUCAAGAAACCUAUCAUCAGGUUUAGACUGGGUAAUCCUUUACUGGCAGGUAAAUAAUACAAAUAUGUAGUUAAUUUUGAAAUAGUUGAUGAAGUUUGAGAAUGUUUUUCUUUUCAGAAGUUAUUAGCAAGGCUUCUGAAGGAACCUUUAAAAUUUUGUCAGGGAAAUACAGAAAGAAGCUACUUUUACUGUGAAUUGGUAUGUUAGGUGGUCUCUGCCAAUGAAAUGUCACUAGCAGAAGUAUUCUUGAGGUGAUGGAAAAGGGACUUGUGGUCCCAGUGUAGAGUAACUUACUUGAAAUCAUCUUACCAACCCACCUCCCCCCUCAAAAAACCCUCUAAAACAGCAACACCGCUUUCUGUUCAGAUGGUACCUUGUGCUUUGCCUAAUCCGUUUAACUUGAAAUGUUUAUCUAUUGUUUUACUGUAAACAUUAUGAAAGAGAUUAAUGUAUACAUGUAACUCUAUGUAUUAUAUAUCUUGUAGAUAUUAAGUAUGCAAGUGUUUACUUCCUGAUAUGUGUCGCAUGUUUAUAUCACUUGCACUCAUAGAGCCUAAAAAUAGAUUCUUGGGGAGUGGCUAUGAAAUAAUUGCUGUGAGUACCUUCUGAGUGAGUUCUGAGGGGAUAAUCAUUCUACAUUUAGUAGCAUACAUUUUAGCUUGCAUUCAUAUUACAAGGGGGGGAAUCAACUAUUCCAUUACUAAGAUUUACGGUGCCUUAUCUGCAUUGUUAAUUGGGGCUAUGCUUUCUUUUUUCUUGCAGCAACUUACAUGCACUUUGUUAGAGGAUUUUUUUUAAGAACAAAAUUAAUUUGAAUAGAAAUAAGACAACUUUUUGUUCUGUUUUGUGUAUGGAAGUUUUAUAAUGAUGAAGGAUAUAGGAAAAUACUAUUGAAAUCUCAAUACAUAUGAAUACCAUUUUUACAAAGAUAUGGCAUAAAACUGCUUUGCUUAGCAUUGUCUGACACCCUGUAUCAUCACAUAUAAGCUUUCUGUGUCAAAGGAAGGAAGUAGUCCUAUUCUGUAUGUAAAUUAUGUGAAUAAAUUAUUUUCUUUUA